UGCGCGGUUAGCUUGUUGCUGUCGUUGGACCCGGCGGGGACCGGCCUCACGAUGGCCGCCGCUGCCAGUGCCGCGGACGGGGACCCGGACUGCUGGGACCGGAUGAUCCAGCUGCAGCUGUCUGCCUCCGGGGACUGGGCGCCCUGUGACAGCCACAUAGUGGAGUUCCCCCGGCUGGAGAUGGAGGUGGUGAAGGGGAGGAUGGCGGUGCUGCAAGCCUGGUACAGCCCCACCGCCGACAUCGCCAAGAACUCCGUCGUCUGGCUCUUCAUGGGCAACGGGUCCAAGCAGGUGAUCAACUUCAGCUCGGGCGAGGUGGGCUACGGGGAGAACGAGUUCACGGGCCGCGUGGGCUUCAGCGCGGGCAUGCCCUCGGCAAACCUCUCCAUCUUCAUCAACAGCACCCAGGAGUCGGACUCCGGCCGCUACCUGUGUAGCGUCAUUGUCCCGGGACGGUCCGGCCUCUCGGGACAGAUGCACCUCAACGUCAAAGGUACCCUGCGGCAGGGACGUUGUGCCCCCCCCCCCCCCCCAGUGUGCUCCCUGGAAGGCGACCCGGUCCUCAACGGGAACGUGACCCUGGGCUGCCGGUCCAGCCAGGGCAAGCCGGAGCCCCAGUACAAGUGGACCAAGGCGGCCCCCACCUCAGAGAUCUUCUUCUCGCCCAUGCAGAAGUGGAGAGCCUGCCCAAAGCCUUUGCUUGUGCUUGGGUUCAUGGAUGAGCGCCACGGCACCCUGCGGCUCAGCAACCUGACCAAGGGGAUGUCGGGGAAGUACGUGUGCCGGGCCAGCAACACGGCGGGCUCCGACAGCUGCUCCGUCAGCCUGGACGUCAUCAGCGCUUCUAACACGGGCGUGAUCGCCGUGGCAACCCUGGGAUCGGUCGUGGGAUUGGUGGCCUUGGUGCUCUUCCUCAUCUUCAUCCUCAGAAGGACGCGGGACACGGAGGAGGAGAUAGCCAAUGAGAUCAAGGAGGACGCCCAGGCGCCCAAGCGCGUCUCGUGGGCCAAGAGCAACACGGGCUCCGACGCGGCGUCCAAGAACGGAACGCUGUCCUCCAUCGCCACCACGCCGCGGCCCCGGGACCCCCACCCGCCCGCCUUCCACUACCCCUACACCCCGGUGCCUACCUCCGACAGCGGCUCCGUGGUCCACGCCUACACGCUGCGGCCGGGGGACGCCGGCCCCCUGCAGGGCCUCCCGGGGUACAACGGCACCCCGUCGGGCAAGCUGAAGAGGCCGCCGCCGCCGAGAGCCAACGGCGUGCCGCCGCACGCCCCCCGGAGCCCCGCCCCCACCGGGCCUCCGCCCAACGACAGGACGGACAACGGGGCCCAGCCUCAGGUGCCCCACCCGGCCACGCCCACGCCCAAGACCGCCACCCUAACGCGCAAGGGCGGGAUCACCGUCACGGUGCCAGUGCAGAGCCAGGCGGGCUCGCUGGUGUAGACAGACAAAGGCACAACAUGAGGGAUGGGUUGGGUUAGGGUGCGGACGCUGCCUUGGAUUGGAGGGGAGAGGAGGGGCGGGGCUUACGGUCUCAUCGGGAGGAGCUCGUCUCGCCGUUGGAUUCAGUUGCGUUCGACUUCGCAGAGACCGGAAGAACCACCGUUUGCGUCGAGUCGACUUUCAAGGCGUUUCUCAUUUGUUUUGUUUGUAUGUUUGUUUUGGGACGCCGCACUCAGCUGGAGCUGAGGUAUUAUUCAUUUAUAACCUUGUUAAGAGGACCUUCUGAGUUUAUUCCAAGCUUCUGCCUGUUGAGGUAAAAUUCCAAUUGUUACAAGAGUUGUGUUGAUUUAAGGUAUUCUCCGGUGAGCCAUAUAUACACGAUAGUUCUCAUGUGACUUACGGUAAUUUGAUGACGUGUUUUGCCAGAAGUGUAGUGAGAUUUUUAUACCUAUAUACAUAUAAACCAGGUGUGCUGAGUGAUGCUCUAAUGUUCUCAGGCGAACUGUCUCUUGUUCAGAGUACUUAAAUAAUGCAGCUGAAACUACAAUUCAGGUUUGUUCCAUCAUGUUGGUCCUCUUUGGAGAUCGAGCUACUUUGACUCAGUUUAGGAGAACUACUGUUCCUACCUUACGGUCCCCUUUCUGGAAUCAUCGUUUCAAUUCACGUUGAUUGGGUUCCCCCAUCGUUAGAGAAUAUAAAGUCGUUAUGCCCAUCAUGGUUAUUGGAAUGGAAAGGAGAUAUUUACAUAUUGAUUAUGUUGAGGCUGGUUGGAUAUUUUGUAAAUGCCAUUUGGAGCACUGGCCCCGUUUUGUUAAUAAAAAAA